AUGGUCUCUCCCUUCAACUCGGCGGAUUUUGCCCUCCCGGGCUCCGUUGCUUUCUCCCGCUCUCGUGGCCGGGCGAUUGCUACGUCCAUUGGCGCACAGGAUGUCCGUGCCCAAUGGAUUCAUUACGUCCACACUUCAGACCGUCUCCCCGAAUUCCAACAAGACGUCCUCCAACAACUCCUUCACUACGGAGAUAUCACCGACAUCCCGCCCACAUUCAGUUCCGAAGACGGCGAGUUUGAUGUCUUCUACGUUUUCCCUCGAACCGGAACAAUCUCGCCGUGGAGCUCCCAAGCCACUGGUAUUGCCCAAGUAUGUGGGUUGAAAAACUACGUGAAACGCAUCGAGCGUGGUAUCAAGAUCUCCUGCCUCCGCCCUGCACUUGGAGAAUACAAGCCUGGUUUCAAGGAUGUCCUCCACGACCGGAUGACUCAGUUGAUCAGUGAGAGCGAGCCCGACUUGCACUUGAUGUUCUCCGAACACAGCCGCUUGCCCCUCGAGACCGUCUCCCUCAGCGGCAGUGACAAGUCCCCGAAGGAAGUGCUGCAGGAAGCAAACAAGCGGAUGGGUUUGGCAUUGGACGAGUCUGAGAUCGAUUACCUCGCUGCCGCCUAUGGCCCCAAUGGCCCGCUCGCUCGUGACCCCACCGAUGUCGAGUUAUUCAUGUUCGCCCAAGUCAACUCGGAACACUGUCGUCACAAACAAUUCAAUGCCUCCUGGAAAAUUGAUGGAAUGGAGAUGCCCAACAGUCUCUUCUCCAUGAUCCGAAACACCCACCGGAAGAGCCCCGAUUAUACUGUGAGCGCAUACAGCGACAACGCUGCCGUCCUACAAGGCUUCGACUCCUCCUUCUGGGCCCCUGAUACUACAACUGGAGAGUGGAACCACACAAAGGAGCUUGUCCAUUUCCUAGCCAAGGUGGAAACUCACAACCACCCUACGGCAGUGUCUCCUUACCCAGGUGCUGCCACCGGAUCCGGAGGUGAGAUCCGUGACGAGGGAGCCGUUGGACGUGGCUCUAAACCAAAGGCUGGUCUCGCCGGUUACUGUGUGUCCGAUCUUCUCAUUCCAGGCUUCAAACAACCUUGGGAGUUGGAUGUCGGCAAGCCCAACCACAUCGCCAGCGCCUUGGACAUUAUGCUGGAAGCACCGAUCGGAAGUGCCGCGUUCAAUAACGAAUUCGGUCGGCCUUGUAUCUCUGGUUAUUUCCGUACCUUGACAACUGAAAUUGACGUUGGCGAUGGGCAGAAGGAGGUGCGUGGUUACCACAAGCCUAUAAUGAUUGCUGGCGGUGUUGGAACCGUUCGUCCCCAACAUGCCAUCAAGAAGCCCGAUGUCGUCAAGCCUGGUGCUUUCCUCGUUGUCCUGGGUGGGCCCGCCAUGCUCAUCGGUCUUGGUGGAGGUGCUGCCUCCAGUAUCACAUCUGGUGAAGGUUCUGUCGAUCUCGACUUUGCCAGUGUGCAAAGAGGCAAUGCCGAAGUGCAGCGCAGGGCGCAGGAGGUUAUCAACGCAUGUGUAUCCAUGGGCGACAACAACCCUAUCAAGUUCAUCCACGACGUUGGUGCUGGUGGUCUCUCCAACGCUCUGCCCGAACUGAUCCACGAUUCGGGCUUGGGCGCCACCUUUGAACUGCGUGAGAUUGACAGCGCAGACAAGAGCAUGAGCCCCAUGCAGAUCUGGUGCUGUGAGGCACAGGAGAGAUACGUGAUGGCUAUCGGGGAGGAUAGCAUGAACAAAUUCACGGCUAUCUGCCAUCGUGAGCGCUGCGGCUUCUCUGUUGUCGGCCGUGGAGGUGGAACCUCCGAGGAGGACAAGAAAUUGAUUCUCCUCGACCGAGAGUCCAAGGAGCACCCGUCGGUCAUCGACCUGCCCCUGUCAGUACUUUUCGGCAAGCCCCCAAGGAUGACUCGCACUGUGGACUCGCGGAAAUUGAAGCUCCCUGCUGUAGACUCCAGCCUCACCACCUACCUCCCCUCGCUUGCGCCCAACCGCGGCGAGCUUAUCGGUGAAGCUGCUAAACGAGUCCUAUCACUCCCUGCCGUUGGCUCCAAGUCUUUCCUCAUUACCAUUGGCGAUCGAACCGUCGGUGGUCUUACUGCUCGCGACCAGAUGGUGGGCCGAUGGCAAAAUCCAGUCUCCGAUGUUGCUGUUACCGCUACGUCUCUCACUCAAGGAUUGACGACCGGUGAGGCUAUGGCCAUGGGCGAGAAACCCACUCUUGCCCUGAUCUCCGCCGGAGCAUCUGCUCGGAUGGCCGUCGCGGAGUCGCUCAUGAACAUCGCUGCCGCCGACCUCGUUGAUCGGUUGAGCCGCGUCAAGCUCUCUGCUAACUGGAUGUCCGCCAGCAGUCACCCUGGAGAGGGUGCUGCUAUAUAUGAAGCCGUGGAAGCCAUUGGUAUGGAGCUCUGCCCAAAACUCGGUAUCAGCAUUCCCGUCGGUAAGGACUCUAUGUCCAUGAAGAUGAAGUGGAAGGAUGAUUCCGGUGCGAAGGAAGUCACGGCUCCCAUGUCUCUAGUAAUUUCCGCCUUUGCACCUGUACAGAACUACCGCAAGACGUGGACACCUGCUCUUCGCCACCCCGAGGAUGUUGGUGACACCGUGCUCAUGUUCGUCGAUUUGUCUUUCGGACGGAGGGCUCUAGGCGGUUCAGCUCUUGCACAGGUCUUCAACCAAGUUGGUUCUGAAUGCCCUGACAUCCGCGACCUGGAGAUCUUCAAGGAUUACUUCGAUGCGACGCAGCAGUUGCAAGAAGCUGGUAUCGUUCUUGCCUACCACGACAGGUCAGACGGUGGUCUUUUCACAACCCUCGUGGAGAUGAUGUUUGCUGGUCGUUGUGGUCUCGAGAUCAUGCUUGACAACAUCUGCCCUGACCUCAGCACCAACAGCAUGAUCGAGACCCUGUUCAACGAAGAACUCGGAGCUGUCUUCCAGGUCCGCAAGGAGCACGAAAUCCAAUUUCGCUCAUGCUUUGCCACCUGUGGUCCUCCCGCUGGCUUGAUUCACAAGAUCGGUCGGGUCUCUGAGAGGCCGAAGCAGAACCUCGCCGUCUACUACAAGGCCAGCCAGGUGUACCGCAACACCCGUGCCAACCUUCAGCAAACCUGGGCAUCCACAUCCUACCACAUGCAGAAGAUGCGUGACACCGCCGCCUGCGCUGACCAGGAAUUCGCCAACAUCCUGGACGACGCAGACCCCGGGCUCUCUUGGAACCCAACCUUCGACCCCAAGGACCGCGCCCUCCCCUUCCUCACCAGCUUAACCUCCAUGUCCCCCUUCACCAACAAGCCUCGCGUCGCCAUUCUCCGCGAACAAGGUGUCAACAGUCAAGCCGAAAUGGCCUUUGCCUUCAACACCGCCGGGUUUGCCGCCAUCGAUGUUCACAUGACUGACAUCAUCUCCGGCCGCGUCUCCCUCUCCAGCUUUGUCGGUCUCGCAGCCUGCGGUGGCUUCUCUUACGGUGACGUCCUUGGCGCCGGCCAGGGUUGGGCCAAGUCCGUGCUUCUGCACGAGAACACCCGCUUCGAAUUCCAGACCUUCUUCCAGCGCCCCGACACCUUCGCCCUCGGUGUCUGCAACGGCUGCCAAUUCCUCUCCCGUCUUUCCAGCCUCAUCCCCGGCGCCUCCAACUGGCCUACCUUUGAGCGCAACGCCUCAGAGCAAUAUGAAGGCCGCGUCGCCAUGGUCCGCAUUGCCGAUCCCGACCCAUCCUCCCCCUCCGUAUUCCUCCACGGCAUGCACGGCUCCUCCUUCCCGAUCGCCGUCGCACACGGCGAAGGCCGCGCCUCAUUCACCUCUUCAACCACCGUCCCGCCCACCGACGCAUCCUCCUUCGUCGCCCAGGGCCUCGCACCUGUCCAGUACGUCGACAACGCCACCCUCAAGCCAACAAUGAAGUACCCCUUCAACCCCAACGGCAGUCCCGAGGGUAUCGCCGGUGUACGCAGCGCCGACGGCCGUGUCCUAGCGAUCAUGCCGCACCCCGAGCGUACCGUCAUGAACGGCAUUGGGAGCUGGCUGCCCGCGCGUGCAGCCGAAUGGGGCGACAUUGGGCCAUGGGGACGCGUUUUCUUCAGUGCCAGACGCUGGGUUGGUUGA